AUGUUAAAGAAAUUUUAGUACGACUUGUUCGUCGUAGGAGGAGGAGCAGGAGGCUUGGCUUCAUCUAAAGCAUCAGCACUAUUGGGGAAAAAAGUGGGGAUAGCUGAUUACGCAACUCCAAGUCCUCAUGCGACAACCUGGGGAACAGGAGGUACUUGCGUAAAUGUUGGGUGUGUACCUACUAAAUUAAUGCCAUUCUCAGCAAGGAUGGGUGAAAUACGUAAAGAUUAGAUAGCAGCUGGAUAUCGGGGAAUAGAAAGUGAAGGGAAACAUAAUUGGAAAUAAUUGAUUGAAACAGUACAGAAACAUAUAAAAGAAUUGAAUGUGCGCUAGGAAAGUUCUUUAAAGGAUCAUGGUAUUGAUUAUUAUAAUAAAUUUGCUAAAUUUAUUGAUCGACAUACAAUAGAACUCACUGAUAUGAAGGGAGAGAAAGAAACAAUAAGUGCUAAGAACAUCAUAGUAUGUGUUGGAUCUAGGCCAAUUCUGUACUAGGAUCCAAAAUUAGUGAUAACAUCAGAAGAUGUAUUUCAAUAGACGAGUCCCCCAGGGAAGACUUUGGUUAUAGGAGCUUCUUAUGUGGGUUUGGAAUGUGCUGGAUUUAUCCAUGGUUUUGGUUUUGAUACAACUGUAUUAGUCAGAACAAGAGUAAUGAGAAAUUUCGAUCAAGAGAUGGCUUCAAAGGUUGAAGGAUAUAUGACAGAGAAUGGAAUCAAAUUUGUAAAGAGAGCCUUAUUGCAAUCUAUUUCUGCUGUAGAUAAUGGGAAAAGGAGAUUGGUAAAGUGGGUGCGUGAUGGAGUAGUUGAAGAGGAUAUUUAUGAUACAGUAUUAUAUGGUAUUGGAAGACAAGCAUCUACUAAAUAGCUGAAUUUAGAAUCACUUGGUGUUAAGAUUGAUGCUAGAAAUUAUAAGAUCAUGGCUGAUGAAUACGAUAGAACAACUGUAGAUAAUAUUUAUGCAAUUGGAGAUUGUUGUUUGAACAGAUUAGAGUAUACACCGAUAGCUGUAAUGGCUGGCAGGAAAUUAGCCAAAAGACUUUAUGGAAAUAGUAAUGAGAUCAUGGAUUAUGCUGAUGUGGCUACUACUAUCUACACUCCUAUUGAGUAUGGUUGUAUUGGAUUGUCAGAAGAAAGAGCAAAGUAAAAGUAUGGGGAUGAUGGAAUCAAAAUUUAUAGAUCCCAUUUUAAACCUUUACAAUGGGGUUUCAGAUAGAGAGAUGAUGCUAAAUACUGUGGAGGCAAAUUGAUUGUUAAUAAAGAGUCAGACAGAAUCAUCGGAUUCCAUUAUGUUGGACCAGAGGCUGCUGAGGUGACUUAAGGAUUUGCAGUGGCUAUGAAAAUGAAAUGUACAAAGAAAGAUUUUGAUAACACUGUUCCUAUUCAUCCUAGUCUGGCAGAAGAAAUGAUUUUAAUGAAAUGA